UGCCCGACGGGAGGAGACCCCGCCGCCCGCGAAGCGCGGGUGCGUCCCAGCGGGAGGGCCCGUGGCGCCGCUGGCCAGGGACUGCCGCCUCCCCCCUCGCAGGACAUCCGGCGGCGGGAGAGGAGAGGAGAGGAGAGGAGAGGAGAGGAGAGGAGAGGAGAGGAGAGGCAGCCCGGUCUGACUGCGGACAAGAGCAGAGGCAGCGGGGGCGGUGAUCCCCGCGCCGGAGCUUCCUUGGAAGCCGCCAGCCCCGGAGCCGGCGGUGCCCGCGCAGGGCGGGGUUGAGCGAGCGGGGCUGGGCAGCAGCGGGUGUGCCCAGAGCAGGAGCUGUGAGCUCUCGGCUCCCCAGCUGCCGCCGGAUCGAGCUGUGAAGGGCACGUCGCUAGAAAGAAACCAGCCCUGGUGUUACAUUUAGCACACUGGACAAGACAUCUGAUAACUGAAUAAUUAUGUUCAGGAGCAAAGCAUUCAGUCUGUUGAAACUGGUUCCCUUGGUGUCUGGCCAAUCAAAUUUGGCUUACAAAUUUAUUCAUCAAGUUAUUGCUUCUCAUGGACAUCGCUGUCACAGAAGUGUGAUUUACAAACAGAGGUACAGGACGCACCCAUGUAGUGCUGGAAGACGAACAAUAAAUGCUGAGACAAAGGUCAUGGCAGAAGAAGAGUUGCCGGGUGUUUUGAUUCUGGAUAUAGGAGGAACUCAUGGUGUGCUAGAAAACCUUGCAGCACUUUUGAAGAAACACUUUCACCUUAUCACCAUGAAGGAAUUUCUUGGAAACAAAGAAGAAAUGAGCAAAAAAAUCCAAUCUGUUUUUGUGUUUGAGUGCAGGCCAGCUAUUGACCGUGAGCUUCUAGAAAGCCUGCCUAAUUUAAAGGUAAUUGGAAACUCUGGGGUUGGAGUGGAUCACUUAGACUUGAAAAUGAUCUCGAGCUUUGGUGUAAAAGUGACCAACACCCCACACGCCGUGGCAGACCCGACAGCAGACAUAGGAAUGGCCUUGAUGCUGGCCUCUGCCAGAAGACUAGUCGAAGGCUGCCAGAUCGUGGUGUCUCCAGAGACGAAGUACUUUGCUGUUGACUGGCUGGGAGUGGAAGUAACCAGAGCGACACUUGGGAUCAUUGGGAUGGGCAGCAUUGGAUACAAAGUGGCUCAGAGAGCCAGAGCCUUCAACAUGAGGAUCCUGUACCAUAACAGAAACCGCAGAAGGAAGGAGGAGGAAGAGGCUGUUGGUGCCCACUACUGUGCAAAGAUGGAAGACUUGCUGCAGCAAUCUGACUUUGUUAUGUUGGUUGUGAACCUGACUCCUGAGACUCGCAAACUGAUUGGGAAAAAGGAGCUGGGGCUGAUGAAACCCACAGCUACUCUCAUAAACAUCAGCCGAGGUGCAGUUAUUGAUCAAGAUGCAUUGGUAGAAGCUCUCCAGAAUAAGGUUAUUAGGGCUGCAGCUCUGGACGUGACAGACCCUGAGCCUCUGCCAAGAGAUCAUCCUUUAUUGAACUUGAAUAACGUCAUCAUAACCCCGCACAUUGGAACUGCAACAGUCCAAGCCAUCCGUAUGAUGGCAGAAGAAGCAAUAGCAAACAUGCUGGCUGUUCUCAAUGGCCAACCCAUUCCAAGUGAAGUAUUUCCCAAAUGAUGAGUGCCAGAUGAUCCACUAAAUCUCCUGUGUAUGGGAAGGCACUAUUUCUUACCACUGUUAAGCUAAAGAAAAGCAACUUGUUCCUGCACUGCUCAUCAUGGUGGUGCAAAACUGUCACCUUACUAGACUUGAUCUGUUCUGUUAGUUACAAUUCUGAAAAAUAAAGUGAAAUGAAUAAAAGAGAUUUGUUAGAAGA